GGAGUGAUUUAGGAUCAGACCCAUGUAGAGUCUCUCUCUCUCUCUCUCUCUCUCUCUCUCUCUCUCUCUCUCUCUCUCUCUCUCUCUCUCUCUCUACACUUCCUUCUUCCACACCGGGAGUGAUAGAUAGACAGGAGAUAGGAAGCAGUAGGCCUCACUGAAGCCUCGGGCUGGCGUGAUGUCGGAGCCGAAAGCGGCCGCUUCGGCGCCCGGAGACACCUACAAGGGCUGGCUGUUCAAAUGGACCAACUACAUCAAGGGAUACCAGCGGCGAUGGUUCGUCCUGAGCAACGGCCUGCUGUCUUACUACAGAAAUCAGAACCUGCCUCUAAAGUGUCUCCAGAAAUCAGAACCUGGCUCUAAAGUGAUGUUGAAAUCAGAACCGGGCUGUAAAGUGAUGUUGAACUCAGAACCGGGCUCUAAAGCGUCUCUGAAAUCAGAACCGGGCUCUGAGAAUAAGUGUCUGCUGUUCCUUCAUGUGGACGAGGGCGGGGUUUAUGUGGAUGAGGGCGGAGUUUAUGUGGACAAGGGCGGAGUUUAUGUUGGAGGUUUCUGCCUCUGUACGCCGUCUCCACCAGUAAGCGUCCGUAAUAUCAUCUUAUCUACCGCUGAGAUGACCCUGACCGCUCGCCCUCGCCUCGCCCCGCCCUCGCCUCGCCUCGCCCUCCCUCGCCUCGCCCUCGCCUCGGACGCACUAAUGUUUUGUGUCGUUGUCGUCCUGCAGGUGAACUUUAACGAGCCAAUCUCCAUGCUGCAGCGUCUGUCGGAGGAUCUGGAGUACUCCGAGCUGCUGGACCGAGCCGCUAAGUGUCAGAGCUCACUGGAGCAGCUGUGUUACGUAGCGGCCUUCACAGUGUCGUCUUACUCCACCACCGUACACCGUACAGGAAAACCCUUCAACCCUCUGCUGGGGGAGAGCUUCGAGCUCGACCGCCUGCAGGAGAGCGGAUACAGGUCCCUCUGUGAACAGGUGAGUCAUCAUCCUCCUGCUGCAGCUCAUCAUGCCAUCUCUGAGCGCGGCUGGACCCUGAGGCAGGAAAUCACUGUGGCCAGCAAGUUCAGGGGCAAAUACCUCUCCAUCAUGCCCCUCGGCUCUAUUCACUGUAUAUUUGAGAAGAGUAAUAAUCACUACAGCUGGAAGAAGGUCACCACCACCGUGCACAACAUCAUCGUAGGCAAGCUGUGGAUAGACCAGUCAGGAGAGAUCGAUGUGAUAAACCACAGAACAGGAGAUCGCUGCCACCUGAAAUUCGCUCCCUACAGCUACUUCUCCAGAGAUGUGGCCAGAAAGGUUACAGGUGUGGUGACGGAUAAGGACGGUAAAGCUCACUACGUGCUCUCGGGGACGUGGGAUGAGAAGAUGGAGUGUUCCCGUGUAAUGCAGAGCAGCCGAGGAGGAGAGAACGGGACAGAGGGACGCCAGAAGACCGUCUACCAGACGCUCAAGGCUCGAGAACUCUGGAAGAAAACUCCUCUACCAGAUGGAGCAGAGAACAUGUACUACUUCUCAUCCCUGGCGCUGACACUGAACGAGCCCGAAGGGCUGGCCCCCACGGACAGCCGGCGACGCCCAGACCAGAGUGAUGGAACAGGGGCUGUGGAUGAAGCCAACGCUGAGAAACAGCGGCUGGAGGAGAAACAGCGCACUGUGAGACGGGAGAGAGAGAGAGAGGCGCUCAUCUCGCCAAUACUGAAGGCAGUGAGGGGUGAGACAUGGGAGCGGGGACAUGCAGAGGUGAUGCACUCCUCCUACCUGCGCAGAGCUGGGCGGAGUCAAGCCGGUAAUCUGUGGCGUGGAGUCGGACCUCCUCCAGCUCCUCCUACCUGCACAGAGCUGGGCGGAGUCAAGCCGGUAAUCUGUGGGGUGGAGUCGGACCUCCUCCAGCUCCUCCUACCUGCGCAGAGCUGGGCGGAGUCAAGCCGAUGGCGCUGUGUGGAAACGUUUCCCGCUUUCUGUGGCGUUAGACGAGUGGUUUGUGAAGGCGGUGUAUCAGGAAUGCAGUGUGUGUUUAGUAGGUCACUGCGCACGACUGCGCUUUAUUCCUCUUCAGGGUUGACAGCCUGUACUGAUGACCCCUCCUCUGAUCUCUCACUCUCAAGCAAGUAUUCAGUCGACACGCUGCACAGCUCACACUCCACCCCUUACUCACGUGUCCCACAGGACAGCUACAAGGCCCUUUGGUUCGAGCAGCAGGAAGACCCGGUGACAGGAGAGGCCACGCAUAUCUACAAGGGGGGGUACUGGGAGGCUAAAGAGCACGGCGACUGGCACGGCUGCCCUGAUAUUUUCUGAAUUAGCACUGUGUGCACCCCCGUCUGUAGAGUGGACUGUUCCAGCAACUACAACAAAAGGAAAAAACAGUGCAUCAAAUCGGAAAUUCUUUCCCCUUGCUGGAAAACUGGACGCUCAUAUGGACUCGUACAUCCGUCUUUUCUCCGAAACAAUAGCGACCCCCCCCCCCAUCCCCUCCCCUCCCUCGCCCCGCCCCCUCACCUUGCCCUGCCCCCUCCCCCUCUCGCCCCGCCCCCCACACCACCUUAAACAGGAAAUACCAAAGGGGCGUACGAGACUCGUGACUCCGCCCACUGCUGUGUGAUCUCCUGUUUACUUCUUUUCCUCCUCUUCUGUCCGUCAGUGUUAACGUCUCGCAAGGGAAUGGACGUGUCUUCCACAGGGGCGUGGCCUAUAGGGGCGUGGCCUAUAGGGGCAUGGCGUGGCCUACAGGGGCGUGGCGUGGCCUAUAGGGGCGUGGCCUAUUUCUGGACUGAUCCCAGACAGAUUACUCUUAUGUACAUUAAACAACUCGAGGGUAAUGAAGGACGUGAUCUUCGGGAGGUUUAAUGGAUCGAUGUUUCUGUCUUUCACACAAUCAUUUAUUUAAAAAAAAAAAAAAAAAAAGUAAAUAAAAUAAAA